GUGCGUGUAUCCAUAUUUAUUACCUCUGCAUUUUUAUCUCCGAUACAGUUCAAUCCCCUCCACUCCAUUCCGCCCCCACAUAAUUCAACCCUUGAAUUUCCAUAUAUCUGUAUCUAUAUAGACCUGUGAGAAGCUUAGAAGGCAAACUGUAAUGGCGGAAACUCAGGGAAGGCUUAACAAGAAAACAGUUGAUCCCAAAAAUGGCUACUGCCCACAAACCAAGAUUUACCACAGCCUCCGCUCGUCGGUCCCUUUGCCGCCGCCAUCUCAACCACUCUCUGUUGUCUCGUACGCACUCUCCCUCCUCCAUUCCACCACCACCUCCGCUACUCUCUCGUCCACCGCUUUUCUCAUCGACGCCGUCACUGGCCAUCGACUCACAUACACUGCCUUCCUUGAACAAAUCCACUCUCUCUCAUUCUCCAUCCAUUCACUCUACCCCUCCCUAUCCAAAAAUGAUGUCGUUUUUAUCGUUGCCCCGCCUUCCUUGAACAUUCCGGUCGUAUAUUUUUCGCUCCUCUCCCUUGGUGCUACCGUUUCUCCGGCCAACCCGAUUUCCUCAUCCGCUGAGUUGAAUCACCAAAUCGAACUCAGUAAACCCGUACUCGCAUUUGCCACCUCCUCGACUUCCCAUAAACUCCCCUCUCAUCUCCCUGUUAUCCUCCUCGAUUCCCCUCAUUUCCACUCUAUGCUCUCCGCCGCCCCGGGAAUCAAAAUAGAACUACGAGAAAUUCAUCAAUCUGACUCGGCCGCCAUCCUUUACUCUUCUGGCACCACCGGAAAAGUAAAAGGCGUCGUAUUAACCCACCGGAACUUAAUAGCAAUGAUCGCCGGUUUGUACUACAAUAAAUCGGCUAGAGACGAGCAAGAAAUUAAUCCUCAUCCAGUAUCGCUUUUCACGCUGCCUUUAUUCCACGUGUUUGGUUUCUUCAUGCUAAUAAGGGCGGCAUCUAUGGGGGAGAGUCUAGUGUUGAUGGGGAAAUUUGACUUCGUAAAAAUGUUAGAGGCUGUGGACAAGUUUAAGGUGACAUAUAUUCCAGUAGCGCCACCGCUUGUGGUGGCGAUGUCGAAGUCGGAUUUGGUGAUGAAGUAUGACUUGAGCUCGCUUCAGACACUGGGCUGCGGUGGUGCGCCGCUGGGAAAGGAGGUUUCCGAGCGAUUCAAGGCCAGAUUCCCCAAUAUAGAGAUUAUUCAGGGUUAUGGUUUGACUGAGAGUUGCGGAGGGGCAACGAGGAUGAUAGGGCCAGACGAGACUAAUAGGCAUGGAUCUGCUGGCCGCUUGUCUGAAAACACGGAAGCAAAGGUAGUUGAUCCUGUAAGUGGAGAUGGCAUGCCUCCUGGACAGCGCGGAGAAAUAUGGUUACGAGGACCUACAAUCAUGAAAGGUUAUGCUGGAGAUGAAGCAGCAACUGCUGCAACCUUGGACUCUGAAGGCUGGCUAAAGACUGGUGACCUUGGAUACUUUGACUCAGAUGGGUUUCUCUUCAUUGUUGAUAGGUUGAAGGAACUGAUAAAAUACAAAGCAUAUCAGGUUCCCCCGGCUGAGUUGGAACAUUUACUUCAAUCAAUUCCGGAAAUUGUUGAUGCAGCAGUGAUUCCGUAUCAAUAUGAACAGAAUACCAUGUUAUCCCUAAACCUCUGUUUGACUUGUGAUGCAUCCCUGCAGGUUGCUCCUUAUAAGAAGAUUCGCCGUGUCGCAUUUAUCGACUCAAUUCCAAAGUCUCCAGCGGGGAAGGUGUUGCGAAGGGAGUUGGUUAAUCAUGCUCUCUCUGUUGUUUCAUCUAAAUUGUGAAUCGAAAAAGUAUUCUUGUAGCCAAACUGAUUCAUAACGCCUGUUAAAUAAAAUUUUGCUCUUCAUCUUUGAUUAUGCACAGAAACUCUUUCUUCUAGGUGAAUGAUGAUUCCAACAGCAUGACUGGUGGAUUAGAUUGUAUUGAGGAAGAGAAGUAAAUUAAAAUCUCAUUGUACUGAUGCAACUUCGGAUAUUUACACAUUUUUGUGGUUAAAGAUGUUAUUAGCUCUA